UGUAGGCCUAUUCAAAGACAAAUUAGAAAUAAAUGAACACUAUCCAAUCCACACAAAAGAAGAUUAUAUAUCCAGAGACAAUGGAAAUAAUUACAAUAGCAUUUUCACUCUUUCCCAUGAAAAUGGUUCCCUUACAUCUCAUAAAAUGAUCCCCACAGGAGAGAAGCCAUACAAAUGCAUGGAGUGUGGAAAGACCUUCAGUUUUAAUAGUUCUCUUACUAUUCAUCAAAGGAUCCACACAGGGGAGAAGCCAUAUAAAUGCAUUGAGUGUGGGAAGGGCUUCAGCCAACACAGUAACCUAAAUUGCCAUAAAUGGAUCCAUGCAGGAGGGAAGCCAUAUAAGUGCACCGAGUGUGGAAAAGGUUUCACUAAGAGCUGUUCCCUCACAUCUCAUAGAAGGAUCCACGCAGGGGAGAAGCCAUAUAAAUGCAUGGAGUGUGGAAAGAUCUUCAGUUACAACAGUUCUCUUACUGUUCAUAAAAGGAUCCACACAGGAGAGAAGCCACAUAAAUGCCUGGAAUGUGGAAAGAGCUUCCGUGAAAACAGUUCUCUUACUGUUCAUCAAAGGAUCCACACAGGAGAGAAGCCAUAUAAAUGCAUGGACUGUGGAAAGAGCUUCCGUGAAAACAGUUCUCUUACUGUUCAUCAAAGGAUCCACACAGGGGAGAAACCGUAUAAAUGCAUGGAGUGUGGAAAGAGGUUCCGUGCAAACAGUUCUAUUACUGUUCAUCAAAGGAUCCACAUGGGGGAGAAGCCAUACAAAUGUAUGGAGUGUGGAAAGAGCUUUCAUGAAAAGGACUAUCUUACUAUACAUCAAAGGAUCCACACAGGAGAGAAGCCAUAUAAAUGCAUGGAAUGUGAGAAGGCCUUCAGGCAACACAGUAAGCUUACUUCCCAUAAAAGGAUCCACACAGGAGGGAAGCCAUAUAAGUGCACAGAGUGUGGGAAAAGUUUCACUAACAACUGUUCCCUCACAUCUCAUAGAAGGAUCCACACAGGAGAGAAGCCAUAUAAAUGCAUGGAAUGUGAGAAGGCCUUCAGGCAACACAGUAAGCUUACUUCCCAUAAAAGGAUCCACACAGGAGGGAAGCCAUAUAAGUGCACAGAGUGUGGGAAAAGUUUCACUAACAACUGUUCCCUCACAUCUCAUAGAAGGAUCCACACAGGGGAGAAGCCAUACCAAUGCUUGGAGUGUGGAAAGAGCUUCAGUUUAAAUAGUUCUCUUACUAUUCAUCAAAGGAUCCACACGGGGGAGAAGCCAUAUAAAUGCAUGGAGUGUGGGAAGGCGUUCAGCCAGCACAGUAACCUAAGUUCCCAUAAAUGGAUCCACGCAGGAGGGAAGCCAUAUAAGUGCACUGAGUGUGGAAAAAGUUUCACUCAGAGCUCUUCCCUCACAUCUCAUAGAAGGAUCCACACAGGAGAUAAGCCAUAUAAAUGCAUGGAGUGUGGAAAAAGCUUCAUUUUUAAUAGUUCUCUUAUUAUUCAUCAAAGGAUCCACACAGGAGAGAAGCCAUAUAAAUGCAUGGAGUGUGGGAAGGGCUUUCGCCAACACAGUAAGCUUACUUCCCAUAAAAGGAUCCACACAGGAGAGAAGCCAUAUAAGUGCAUAGAGUGUGGAAAAAGUUUCACUGAGAGGUAUUCCCUCACACAUCAUAGAAGGAUCCACACAGGAGAGAAGCCAUACAAAUGCAUGGAGUGUGGAAAGAGCUUCCGUGAAAACAGGUCUCUUACUGUUCAUCAAAGGAUCCACACAGGGGAGAAGCCAUAUAAAUGCAUGGAGUGUGGAAAGAGCUUCUGUAAAAGCACUUCUCUUACUGUUCAUCAAAGGAUCCACACAGGGGAGAACCCAUAUAAAUGCAUGGAGUGUGGGAAGGCCUUCAGCGAGAACAGUAAGCUCACUUCCCAUAAAAGGAUACACAAAGAAGAGAAGUCAUAUAAGUGCAUAGAGUGCGGAAAAAGUUUUACUAAGAGCCAUUCCCUCCUAUCUCAUGGAUGUGUCCAUGCAGGAGAGAAGCAGGAUAAAUGAAUGGAGUGUGGAAAGAGCUUCAGGAGGAGCAGUCACCUAAUUUCCAAUACACAGACCCAUUUGGGUGAGAAUCCAUGUAAAUUCUAGCUAUAGUUGGUUAAAUCUAUGCAUUUCCUAUUUGUUUAAACUGACUUGGAAAGGGAUGUUUUUUGAGUCUGACCUUCACAACUGGCAGCCCCAGAGAAAUGAAUUUACCAACGGAAAGAAAAGCAAUGGGUAUGUGCCUUUUUAAUUAUGAACUGGAUUUUUGAAGAUACUGUCAUUUGAAGGUGGCCAACGCUCUUGCACAUCAGUAAGAGAAAAAUCCUUUUUCUUAACUUUACCAUUAUUUUGGGCAUCUCAGAUUCUGGGCUACACAAUUUAAUGAAGAUGUUGUCUUCAUUGUGAUUUUACAAGUGAGCUUCUCACUCGUGCAUUGUUUGUUCUUCCCAGUUGAACAUACUGCUGCGAGGGAUGUGAACAGGCAGACGUUUGACAGGUGAUGCUCCCCCAAGCAGCCAAAGAGCUGCAUCUCCCUGAUGCAUCUCUUCAACACAAAGGUUUUUUAGUUUUCCUUCUGCUAUACGACAAAUGCAGAUAGAAAUUCAACUCAAUCAAUCACUUCACGAGUUUCAACUUUCCUUCUUUUGCUUGGACUUCUUACAAUUGUUUCCCACUCUCUUUCUCAUUCCUGAAUACAUUCAGAGGUCUGAAGCAGUAUUAUAAUCCAAAGGUAACAUAGGUUCCAUCAAAGAAUACGGAGAGAUAUGCAAUGUGAUAUUGAAUUGCCUCCUGAAUAAUUGUGGUAUGAAAUUAAAAGUGACAACUAAGAGGAUUCUGCUUCUAACUUCUC